UUGGGAAUACUCGGACUUCACUGUCGUAGCCAGUACGAAUAUUUUAUAAAAAUAUUAUUGUUGGAUAAAGUGCUGGGGAACUUUUCACCGAACACGAUGGAGGAUGUUACGGAAAUGUCUGAGACGCGUGCAUCGCCAAAUCAGCCGUUUGAAAAUUGCACCGACGUAAAGUCCGGCAAUAAAAAAACUGACAUAAAUUAUGGGAUCGACGACGUACCCCCGUGGUAUCUCUGCAUUUUCAUGGCUCUACAGCACUACUUGACGAUGAUAGGAGCGAUAGUAUCGAUACCGUUUAUUCUGACUCCGGCGCUUUGCAUGGCCGAAGAUGAUCCGGCGAGAGGGUCGAUCAUUUCAACCAUGAUAUUCGUUACCGGAAUCGUAACGCUGUUGCAAACGAGUUUCGGAUGCAGAUUACCGAUCGUACAAGGGGGAACGAUAUCAUUCCUGGUUCCCACUCUGGCAAUAUUAAGUUUGCCCGAAUGGAAAUGCCCGGCACAAAACGUGCUCGACGGCAUGUCUAAACCGGAGAGAACGGAACUAUGGCAAGUCAGGAUGAGGGAAUUGUCUGGAGCUAUUGCCGUGUCCGCAUUGUUCCAAGUUGUGGUCGGUUAUGGAGGAAUCAUCGGAUCGAUGCUCAAGUAUGUUACUCCUUUAACAAUCGUCCCUACGGUAUCUCUGGUCGGAUUGUCGUUAUUUGAAAACGCUGCAACGGCAGCAUCUCAGCACUGGGGCAUCGCCACCGGAACAAUCUUAAUGAUGACCGUAUAUUCCCAACUCCUAGGGAAUUUACAAGUGCCUAUGAUAGUUUGGCGGAAAACUGGUGGUUUCCAAAUCGUUUGGUGCUACUUGUUCAAACUUUUUCCGGUUCUAUUGACCAUAUCCAUAAUGUGGGCUGUAUGUGGAAUUCUAACAGCCACCGACACAUUUCCGCCCGGGCAUCCGGCGCGCACAGAUGUGAAAAUAAAAAUUCUCCAAGAUUCGUCCUGGUUUAGGAUUCCUUAUCCCGGACAAUGGGGUCUACCCACAGUGAGUCUGGCGGGGGUCCUAGGAAUGUUGGCGGGUGUAUUGGCCUGUACAGUUGAGUCGAUCAGUUACUAUCCAACGACUUCUAGAAUGUGUGGAGCACCACCGCCUCCGCUCCACGCGAUAAAUCGAGGUAUCGGUACCGAGGGUCUUGGUACCGUAUUAGCCGGGCUCUGGGGCAGUGGGAACGGCACAAAUACAUUUGGUGAAAACGUUGGCGCCAUAGGUGUAACUAAGGUGGGUAGUCGAAGAGUGAUUCAGUGGGCGGCUGUGAUCAUGAUUAUACAGGGUGUUGUGGGUAAAUUUGGAGCCGUAUUUGUAAUCAUACCUGAACCAGUAGUCGGUGGAAUUUUCUGUAUAAUGUUCGGUAUGAUAGCUGCGUUUGGACUGUCGGCUCUGCAGUAUAUUAAUCUUAAUUCGGCAAGAAAUUUAUACAUACUUGGGUUUUCAAUGUUCUUUCCAUUGGUUCUCUCGCGAUGGAUGUCGCAUCAUUCCGAUGCAAUAAAAACUGGCAGUGACAUUUUUGACAGUGUCAUUACCGUUUUACUAAGCACGACAAUUUUAGUCGGUGGUGGGUUAGGCUGUCUCUUGGACAAUAUUAUACCAGGUACAUCGGAAGAAAGAGGAUUAGAAGCGUGGGCAAAAGAAAUGGCAUUGACCGAUGAAACCCCAGAAGAUGAUGAGACCGGGCGUACUACGUACGUACCAAAUACUUUUGACUUCCCAAUUGGUAUGGACACUUUGCGAAGGUGGAAAUGGACAUCUUACUUACCUUUCUCCCCAACUUACAAGCCAAAUCAACGUUGGUGGUAUUGUAAAAAAGAAUGAUAGUACAAAAUUUGAGUGAUAAGGAGUAGCCUGUUAUUAGUCCACGUGGUGAAAUGACGAUGGUGAUUUUCUCUGUAGUUUUUUUUUUACUUAACCGGAUGUACGAUAUUAGAAACUUACAUGCAAGAUUUAACGGGCUGUCAAAGUUUGCACAAGCUUACGCAGCAGUUCUUUUUGCUCGGUAUCUAAAUACGGCCAUAACUCGCCUUCCAGUUCCAACAAUGCUUGAUAAUCCUGAGACUGGCAGGCCAGUACUAAAGACUGUAACAACAGCAUUUCAUCUUCACUCAUCCCGGGACCUUUAAUAAA